CAUUUCAAUGCAAUAACAGCAAGAUAUGAUUAACUAAGGCUGGAUCUCUCAACUGAAGACAAUUAUUUGAAUAUUUUGUUUAAAGUUGGAAUUCCAAAUUUGAUACAGGUGUCUUCUCAAUUCAAAAAAGUAGGAGAGUUUUCGUCCACACAAUCUUUCUCUUCUUCCAGAACCUUCGUUUGUCUGAGUAGUGAUCACAGUAGUAGUAAAUUGCAGCAUUCACUCUUCCUCUCGAAACUGCUCGGAAUCAUCAUCGAGCAGUUUUAACUCCGAUGCAGAUGAAUUCCAUCGAACUCAUCUGAUUGAUUCUUCUUCAAUCAUGUGGAACUCUUUCUGGCGGCCAAGAGAUCGUUUUUCCUUGGAUCAACUCCGUUACUUAACUGAUCAAUUGACAAAAGUUCAAGUUGUUAGCGAUGUUAAUAAGGAUUUUGUUAUUGAGGCUCUGAGAUCAAUUGCGGAGUUGAUGACAUAUGGUGAUCAAAAUGACCCGAGCUAUUUUGAAUUCUUCAUGGAAAAACAAGUCAUGGGCGAGUUUGUUCGUAUUCUAAAACUUAGCAAGACUAUUAGUGUUCCUCUUCAAUUGUUGCAAACAGUUAGCAUUUUGGUCCAGAAUCUAAGGAAUGAACAUGCUAUAUACUAUUUGUUUAGUAACGAACAUGUAAACUACUUGAUAACUUAUUCGUUCGACUUCAAAAAUGAAGAGCUGUUGUCUUACUACAUAUCCUUUUUAAGGGCAAUAAGUGGAAAAUUGAACAAGAAUACAGUUUCACUGCUUGUGAAGAUUCGCGGUGACGAAGUAGUUUCAUUUCCACUAUAUGUUGAGGCCAUACGCUUUGCCUUUCAUGAGGAGAACAUGGUUCGCAUUGCAGUACGAGCUGUGACCCUUAAUGUUUAUCAUGUUGGAGAUGACUCUGUAAAUAGAUACAUAUCCAGCGCACCUCACAAAGAUUAUUUCUCAAAGCUGAUUUCAUUUUUUAGGAAGCAGAGCAUGGAUUUAAAUAAGCUUGUCUCUCAUACACUGAUAAAUCCAGGCCCUGAUUCAACCUCUACAAUUAUUGCUGCUAUAGAUGAAAUUGAGGACAACUUAUACUACUUUAGUGAUAUUGUCUCUGCUGGAAUUCCCGAUGUUGGUAGCCUAAUUACAGACAGCAUUCUGAUGGUUUUGAUAUUUCCAUUACUUCUUCCUUCUCUGAGGAUAGCAAUUGAUAAUGACAUGCAAAGUGGUGUUGUCACUUCUCUCUACUUACUUUGUUGCAUCCUGAGGAUAAUCAAAAUUAAAGAUUUGGCAAAUACCAUAGCUGCUGCUCUUUUUUGUCCCUUAGAGGCCUUUACAAAAAGUUCUGGGGGUAAACUCAAUAGCCAUAUACCUAGUCAUGGUUCCCCAUCUGAAUACCAACUGCCAAAUAAUGAUGAUCUUACCAAGUCUGAUAUAAGACACUCAAUGUUUAAUGUUCCCCACUCUUCUAGUUCUUCAGGUUUUCAUCCAGAAGGUGUUCUCAUGCAAAAUGAUUGUAGCUGUCCAAAUUUGUCUUUAAGGGAUGUUUUGCUUGCGUAUGUAACAAAAGGAGAUGAUGUACAAGUUUUGGGCUCUUUGAGUAUGCUAGCAACUUUACUGCAAACUAAAGAACUUGAUGAAUCAAUGCUAGAUGGGCUUGGGAUUCUUCCACAACGCAAACAACACAAGAAACUCUUAUUGCAAGCUUUAGUUGGUGAGAGUUCUGGUGAAGAGGAACUUUUUUCUCCCAAAAGUAGCUUGACAAGGGAUGGCGCUGGUAGUGAUAUUGAUGCGUAUCACAAAAAGAUAAAGGAUCAGUAUGGAAUAUCUUUUCUGUCUUCUGAUGUUGGAAUUAGCCCUCAUGUAAAUAGAUUUCAGGUCAUUGAUGCAUUGGUCAGCCUUUUUUGCCGCUCAAGUAUAUCUGCGGAGACACUAUGGGACGGUGGUUGGCUUUUGCGUCAGUUGCUUCCUUACAGUGAAUCAGAAUUCAACAGUCAUCACCUUGAAGUGUUGAAAGUUUCUUACAAGAACUGUGCUUCUGAUCUUGUAGAGGAGGUUAAAGGCAUCUGGUCCGACUUCCUUAUUUCUGUUAUAUGUGACGAAUGGAGAAAGUGCAAAAGAGCAAUGGAAUCAUCAUCUCCUCCGAAAGAACCAAGCUGCGUGCUUUUUUUGCCACAUCCACAUAAAUUCUCUUUAGAAGAUAACACUUCAACAGGAUCAUCAUUUGAUGCAGGAGAAAGAAUGCAGGAACUGGUGAAGGUAUUUGUACUACUACACCAACUUCAAUUAUUCACUCUUGGGAGAGCUUCACCCGAGCAACCUUCAAUUGACCCUCCUGGUGAUCUUCCCGCAAAUUGUCGUGCCCAGAUUUCUGGGAUUGAUGUAUCCGGCCCAAAGGCGGGCACUGAAAUCAGCCUUGUUAACGCCGUGCCUUGUAGAGUUGCUUUCAAGAGUGGGAAAGAACACCAUCUUUACUUUCAAGCAAUCUCUUCAGGAAUAUCUGGCUGGCUUGUUCUUGCAGAAGAACAGCCAUCACAGAUGUCCCAUGGAAUUGUUCGGGUUGUUGCUCCUUUGGCUGGAUGCAAUCCCAGGAUUGAUGAUACACAUUCAACAUGGUUACACUUGCGGAUCCGGUCAUCCUCUUUACCCUUUCUUAAUCCUCCUAAAUCGAAUGACUAUGGGAGAAUGAAAACAAAAGGUUUGGUUGAUGGAAGAUGGACAUUGGCAUUCAGGGAUGAGGAGUCUUGCAACUCAGCUUUGGCGAUGGUUGUUGAAGAGGUCAAUUUUCUGAGCAACGAGGUUCAUGGAAGACUCAAACCUUUGCUCAACCUUGAAACUGCGAUAGAUUUAUCAAGCUCACAUUUAUGUGUUCUUGAAGAUUCCUCUAUUAGAAUGCUUCCCAAAUCUUUGUAAGUUAUUUUGGCUUGGUUAGUAACUGGUUAGUGUCGCCACCCCUCUGUAUAUGCCCCCAAAAUGUAUAACCAGAUUUUAGAUUAGUAACUGGUUAGUGUGUCAUGCUAAAAGUCACCCAUUCUUUUUGUAUACUAGCCUUUCCUUGAUCUGUAACUUCACCCCUUCCUCUAUCAAGUAAGUUUCGGAACGAAUGUAAAUAUGAGGCAACCUCACAAGGAAAGUUCUUUCUCCUAUUUUUAGUAUCUUCAUUUUUCUUGUUUGGAA